UUUCCCCUGAUUGUCACAGAAUAAUCAGUGUUAUUGUGCGUAACUGGAUUGCAGUGACCAUUUAGAACCAAUUUAUGGAUACUUCGGAUGAGAAUAAAUGUACAAACAACCUCUGCAUCUUGGCAACGAACGAUGGUUGUGACAAAAUAAACGAGACAAUCGUUGGUGUAAGACGUGAGGUAUAGCAGCGGGAGGGAUUCGAUACCCGGGUUCAUGGUUUUCAGAGGGCAACUACAUUUCGGACCUCAGACAGAUGAAGUGAUGGCUUCUGACCAACCUGUGAAGAAGAAGUUGCGAAUUGACGCUCCGGAUAUCGACGAUGGGAGCGAUAGAUCCGUUGAGGAUAUUAUUACUGAUAUUUACGACUCUGAAACUCCAGCUGAAAUUAUUGAAGACUUCCCCAGGAAUGGUGAGUCACCAGACAGUGGUACAGUAAGUGAGGAUGCCGUAGACUGUUCAGCAAUAUUACAACUUCCCACUGACAUUGCGGACAUCAUCCCUUCGUGUUCAAAUUCUGCACCUCCCUGGAGUUCAGAAGAUGACAAAUUGUUAUCUGAACUCCGAUUGCUACAGGAUGCUAUAGUUGGCCAGUGUCUAUGUAGAUUUGACAAAAAAAUUGUCCCUAAUCUCUUUGACCGCCGAUUGAGUAUUGCUUCUUGGCCUCUAAAGUGCUCGCUUACAUAUUUAUCAUCUAUGCAGUUAACGUUUGAUAUUUACCUGAAACAGAAUGGUACGGGCACUAUAUGUUCAAAAUUAAUGCAAGCAUGUGACUUACUUGUUAGGAACCAACAUGAUUGGAUUACGGAAGUUAUUGAAUUAGCUGAUCAUAAGAGUAAAUUUGUUACCUUCAUGGCCAGUAGAGUGUUAGCCAGUUUUCUUAUAGUUUCAAAGGAUACAGUUGAUGAGAAUUGGUUGCAGCAGAUAACAGAAAACAUUUAUUUGUUUGAUAGAAUAAACAGAAUUACAGUACAAAAGAUUAAUUUCAGUCUUGACAUUAUAAAGAGGAUAGUUGAGUGGAAAGACAUUCAACAGCAUCCAUUAGACGAGAGUAACUAUAUAAAUACUUCGAGUAAUUUACAUGUCCAAGAAGACAAUCCAUUUAGAAGUCCGGUAGGGUAUAAUACAACUCAAGCGUCAAGUUCACACAGUAGUAAUUUGCACAAUGCCUUUUCAAAUUUACAAACAAACAGUACAGCGUCGACAUCCAGUGAAGAAGCUACUGAGAAUGGUCCAAUGACUUUUAAACUACAUGAACCAGUAUUGAAAUUGGAUCAGCAAUCAGAACCAAGGUCACUAUCACCAGAACCCACACCAUCAAGAAUAGAAAGGGUGAAUGAAAAUGGUUGUAUAACUGUUGUUUUAACAGAUUCAGAAUCUUUUGACACGUCGCAUAUAAAAUGCUUAACAAUAAAGACCUUAGAACACCAUUGGCCUGUAUUAGUGAAAAAUAUGAAGCUCCUAUUAUUAAGGUACCUGAAUUUAGCUAAUGCUGAGAAUUGCAUACUUACAUUUUUCUCUUUAUGGGAGAAUAUAAUCAGUGUAAAAGCGAAUCUCUCCAUAAUUGAUACAAAACCUUUUUACGCGGACUUACAAAGUUUUGUUGAUUUAUUGAGAAAUACAAUGCUACCGAGUUUGAUAUACACUCAUUUAUUAAGUUUAUUUAAUGAGGUACUUUGCUACGGUUCAACGUUGGCUUUACAAGAUAUUCUCCCUGAAGAAAUCUGUAGCCUAGCUCAUUCUAUAGUCAGAUUUGUGAAAGAUUUUAGAUUGUUGAGUGAAGUACGAGUCCAAAGCAGUAGAAGUGGGUUUGGGUUUCUCGGACAUGAUUGUAAUGUCAUCAGGGAUUAUUCUUUAGUUCCUGAUGUGGCUCCAUUAUCAACCAUUCAACUGGUGGAUCAAAGCUACGGUGACUAUGACAAUGAGGAUUCAAAUCAAUCGAGAAAUGAGGUUGAUAAGACAAUGUUACAGAGAAUGUCCUUAUUGGUUUUAAAAUCAAUUGCAGUCACAGUGAAAGAAAUGAGAUGUGAUUCAUCAGACAGCUCUAUUGAUUCAUCAGAUUACAAUGCAAUACAAGACAUGCAAAUUGUGGAAAGAUCAAUAAGAGAUGUAUUGAAAAAGCUUGAUGUUUUUAUACGUAAUUCUUUGGAGUUCCACCCGGAAACGCCAUUCACAAAAAUGCUCAUUCACUUGUUUAGCGAACAGGAUGAUUAUUUGAUUGAAUCUAUGGUCUGUACACUUGAUAUUACUGUUGGAAUUGUCUAUAGGAAUUCUAUGUAUCCGGAUCUAAUUCCGAUGUUAAACCCUAUUGCCUCAUUUAUAGAAUUCCUUAAAGUUGUUUCUCAUGAUAGUGAUGUCUUACUUGAUUACCUAGUGAGCAAUGAAACAUGUUUCUUGCUGUAUUUAUUGAGAUUCUUGAAAUAUGUAAGAAGGAAUUGGCCAAAAUUCCUUGAAACGUGUCAACAAAGCGAUUCUGGUGGGACCAGAGGUCUUGAUGAUACAAUGAGGGUGCUUAUAAGGUUACGGUUGCAAAUCAGUCGUCUGGUAUCAAAAUCGUUAUUCCCGUACAAUAUUAGUCCUGUACUGAGGUUGUUGGAAGUAUGUGAAAGUUUGUAUGAGGGAAAUGAAUUUAGCUGAAAAUCAAAUGUUUGUAUGUUUAUGUUGAAAUGAAUCUUCACCAUGGGAAUUUCUAUAUGCAGAUUUUCUGCCAGUAAAGAGACAAUUGUUGAAACUAUAUUCUGUUGUACAUGUAUUUAAAACUAUGUCAACAAUAUUUUAAAAAGUUCUCUUUUUGAACUAAAAUUUGCACACAACUAGAUGGUCGUGUUGGUAUUAAUGAAGGUCAGAAUAUUCAUUGAUAGUGUCAAAGAAUUUUCCAUUCUCGGCUAACAGCCACCUAGUUGUGUGCAGACUAUAACAGAUAAUUGUAAAUACGUUAAAUAGAUUUAGUUUGAAAUAGAAGCCUCAGAAUCAUCUCUUUUGAUUUUGCAAAUAUAUUUUUAUGUACAUUCUCUGAUUCUAUGCAAAAGACUGCCAUUCUAUAUACAUUCCAAAAUCAUAAUUGGUUUAAUUUAGUUUAAUUAAAUUAGUUUUUAAAUUAUUUAUAUUUGUAGUAUAAUGUUAUAAUAAGUUAUUGUAAUACGUAAUUUUAAUAAAAUGCGGUCUUCCUUUAGUUAAUAAAUACAGGAUUUAGAAGGAUACUACCAUAUAAAAUUACGAUCGAGUCUUCUAUCAAUAACAUAUAAAGUUCACUCCUUGCGUAUGAAGUGUGAUCUAUAUGGCAAAUAUAUCAUUUGGACAAUGGAUGUUUAAAGAUCGAACAUGAGGAAACAAUUGCAAUUUUUGCAACUGCAAUUUUGCAGUCAGAAUGCAGUUGUGUGAGGACGUGUUUAAGAUUGUCAAUCAUUAAUUUAUUUCAAAUUAAAUGCAACUACACACAUAUAAACAUAUUAACUUAACUAAAGGCUACCUCACGUAUUUAAUGAGAUUUUUUCAGUCAGUUGUCCUUAAUCAAUAUGUGAGUCU